AUCACGCCAAGCGCGGUCGGCAGCAGUUGCGCGCCGCUCCGCACUCCGCGCGCACCACGGACGGGCGUUCCGCUAUGGUGCCACGAUGACCUCGCUGCCCGGCAUGACCCACGACCCGUCGGCACCGCCGCCCCUGUUGCUGGACAGCCCGUACGUGUCGCCGGACUAUGGCAACCUGUCGCUGCUGCCGUCGCUGCCGGCCGGCAACGUCAGCUCGGGCAAGCUGUACCAGGUGCCCGUCGGUUUCAUCGUGCUCCUCUCCAUCUUCUACGGACUCAUCUCGCUGGUGGCCGUCGCGGGCAAUUUCAUGGUCAUGUGGAUCGUGGCCACGUCGCGGCGCAUGCAGACUGUGACCAACUUCUUCAUCGCCAACCUGGCCGUGGCCGACAUCAUCAUCGGACUGUUCUCCAUCCCGUUCCAGUUCCAGGCGGCCCUGCUGCAGCGCUGGGUGCUGCCCGAGUUCAUGUGCGCCUUCUGCCCGUUCGUCCAGGUGCUCUCGGUCAACGUGUCCAUAUUCACGCUGACCGCCAUCGCGCUGGACCGCUACCGCGCAGUCAUGUCGCCGCUCAAGGCGCGCACCACCAAGCUGCGCGCCAAGUUCAUCAUCUGUGGCAUUUGGACGCUCGCGGUCGCGGCCGCGCUGCCGUGCGCGCUCGCGCUGCGCGUCGAGACGCAGGUCGAGUCGCACGCGCUCAACCUGACCAAGCCGUUCUGCCACGAGGUGGGCAUCUCGCGCAAGGCCUGGCGCAUCUAUAACCACGUGCUGGUGUGCCUGCAGUACUUUUUCCCGCUGCUCACCAUCUGCUUCGUGUACGCGCGCAUGGGCCUCAAGCUCAAGGAAAGCAAGUCUCCCGGCAACGCCCAGGGCGCACGUGACGCGGGCAUCCUCAAGAACAAGAAGAAGGUGCGUACACACGGCUCUGUCAUGUCGCCCCACACCACGCUUUUCGGCGCGUCCUUGUGUUCGUCAAACUCACACGCCCACUCUGGGGCCCACAGCGAAGCGCGUGCAUUGCCAUUCUGCCUCUGAUCGUCUUGCUUUGGUCGCUGUUACGACGGACGUCAGCCACCCCCGGCCGCUCAUAACUUAACAGACCUCGAUGAAAGCAAGAGUAGCAGGACAAAAAAACAACAACGAAGUGCUAUAGUCCCUGCGUCGCUUCUGUUUCUUUCUAUAGAUCAUAUUUCUAGGCCGUAUGUCAUUAAUGAUAUAAACUCAGUCUCGAAGUCAAGGCUUUGCAGCUGCACGCAUUUUUUAUCGGGAAGUUUGGCUCGCGUGGUCCCGAUAGCGGCCAAAACAACGGUAAAAUUUUCUACGUGGACGUGGGGCAUAUAGGCAAGAGAUGCCUUCGACUUGGCGAGCACACUUCGAAAGUGCGCAACGGCAGGUGACGCGAGCAUAUUUUAUCGCGUCAGGAAACAAUAAAGUUGUGGCUGCGAGAAUAACUUUCAACAACGCUUGCCGAGGUGAGCACCCGCUGUUUUUUUUUUUUUUUUUUUUUUUUUAACUUACAACCGGCUCGCCAUUUCUUUAUACCAUCAUCAGUAUUCCGUGCAUGGUCUCCGCCUCGGAGCGCAUGGUUUGCUGGUAAAAAAAUAUUUUUACCAGAUAUGAGCAUGUUGUGAUGUUCUUACGGGCGAGCGGCGAGGUGAUGACGAAAAAAAAAAAGUAAUUUUUGCGGUAGCGUAUCGCUCUGUGAUCAGAGUCAGAUGAGCUUAUUUAUUACGCAAAACAGACUUUUUGUGUUACGGCACCUUCGGUGACGAUUAUCUGUAGAAUUAGCCCCAGCCAAUAGU